AUGCCUUCCUUCUUACCCUUCACCUCGGUCACAGGCCGUCACUCCUUCACCCUGUUCGACAUCCGGUUAGAGAACGACUUUAUCGUUUUCAGGGGCAACGACCACGAGGCUUCUGGCCAGCUGCUCAAGGGCGUCGUUGCAGUAUGCGUCCCCGGACCGACGAGAAUCGAAGACAUCCACCUGAGGUUAAACGGGACCCUGCACCUCUCCUGGACGGAUCUGAAGACGACCCCAACGGGCAUCUCGAGCCAGAGGUUCGAAAAGACCACCGAUAUUCUAACGCACCGAUGGCCGAGCUUCAUUGGGACGCCCGGCAAAAGCAUGAUGCUCGAGAAGGGAAACUACGAGUUCCCGUUUGAGAUCAUGCUCCCCGGGGAGACGUGCGAGAGCGUCGAGGGCCUGCGCGAGGCCAGCAUCACGUACCGGCUCAAGGCCACCAUCGCGCGCGGCAAGUUCGCCUACGACCACCAUGCGUACAAGCACUUGCGCGUGAUCAGGACCCUCGAGACAUCGGCGCUUGAGUUCCUGCACGCCAUGAGCGUCGAGAACAUCUGGCCCAACAAGGUCGAGUACUCCAUCGUGGUCCCGCGCAAGGCUGUCGUGUUCGGCAGCGCCAUCCCGCUCGAGACGAGGUUCACGCCCUUGCUCAAGGGGCUGGAGCUGGGCGACGUCACAAUCCGCCUGGUCGAGGUGUGCGACAUCAUGGCGCAGUCCCAGACGGGCUCGCAGGUACGGGAGCACAAGAAAGAGCGCGAGGUUACAUCGUGGGUCCUGCCCAUCACCCGCGAGGAGCACUGGGAGGACGUGAUCGAGAACACGGGCCAGGAGGGCUGGGUGAUGAACGCGCAGCUGGAUUUGCCCCGCAAGCUGGGAAAGUGCAUUCAGGACGUCAACGCCCACGGCAUCAAGGUCCGCCACAAACUUAAGAUGGUCGUUGCCUUGAGGAACCCCGACGGCCACGUGUCGGAGCUCCGCGCCACCCUACCCGUCACCAUCUUCAUCUCGCCUAACAUCCCGCUCGACGAGGACGGAAACCUCUCCCAGCCCUCAGCCGGGCAGCCGAACCCAAGCCAGGAGAACGCUAGCCACGGCGCUCCUCCGGGAUAUGGCGAGCACGUCCUGGACCAGCUGUAUGAGAACCUCGAUAUGGGCGGCUAUCGGACUCCUGGAGGCAUGCAGAUCCCGGGGGCCUAUUCCGGCAUGAACAGCCCCUACUCUGCCCUCUCCCGCGCCGGAUCCCACGAGAAUCUGGCGGGCCUGGUCAACGAGGCGACAGCCAUCACACCGGCCGCCCUAUCCUCGCGGCUGCAGGACGUGUCCACCAGCAAUGCUGGCGGACCCCUGCACAGGGACGCCUCCUUUGCAUCGACGGCCUCCAGCGCCGGCGGGUCCAUCAAUGCCAACGCCGCCGCCGCCGCCGCCGUCCUGGCGGGCCGCGCUGGCAACAGCAGCACCCCCGAGACCAUGCACUGGUCGCCCCCGCAGUCGGCGCCGCUUUCUAGGCACAACAGCAGCGAUGGCCGUUCGGGCCGCCACUCGCUCGAGGACCACCUCGACUUCCCGGAGCUCGAGGAGCUCAGCAAGGUGCCCAGCUACGCGACCGCCAUCAAGUCGUCAAAGGUCGCGCCCCUCGCCUGCGACGGCGCCCCUGCCCUGCCCAAUUACGCCACUGCCUGCAGCUGCGGCGGGAGCGCCAGCGAGCCCGCCAUCCCGGCCAUCGGCACCGCAUGCCUCGCCGCCAGCCCGCUCGAGCUGAUCCCCGAAGAGAGCCACCGGCCCGCCAAGGCCGACGGCCACAACCACCACCAUCAGUGCUUGCGCACCACCGGCCACCCAACUGGCGGCGCCGGCCGGGCCUCCUCCCCCGGCAGCAGCACGGCGAUGCCCCCGGACAGCCCGGUGCUCACGCGGUCCAGGCACCAGUCGUCCUUCGGCGCCUUCUUCACCUUUGGCUCGCACGGCAUCGGUAGCGACAGCGAGGAGCGCCGGAGGCUGCAUCUCAUUCAGGCCCGCGAGCGCGUCAUCUAA